AUUCCAUAAGAGUUAGUUUUGUGCACAGAAAAUGGCAAAUGAAAUGGCUAAUAAGGUUUCGAAUCCCAUUAUCUGUAAACUAAUGGAUCAAACUCUUGCCACUCGUGUAUUUAUGCUACUUGUGUUAUUCAAAUUUGGUAUUGCAGCAGAGGCAAACAGCAUGGACUAUAAUUCUCUGAAGAAUCUGAUGCAAGAGUGGGACAUAAGGCCUCCAAGUUGGAAGAGUUCAGAUCCUUGUGCUCAUGGCUGGGAAGGUAUUGACUGCACGAAUUCACGUGUUACCUCCAUAAAAUUGGCAGGCAUGGGUUUGAAAGGUCAGUUACCAGCCGAUAUCCAGUCGCUGAGCGAGAUAGAGACACUGGACCUAUCUUUGAAUAAGGAGCUGACAGGACCAAUUCCAACAUCAAUUGGAAACUUGACAAAACUAGUGAACUUAAACCUCGCUGGCUGCAGUUUCUAUGGGCCUAUUCCUCAAACUAUAGGAUCUCUGAAGCAUCUAUACUAUCUAGAUCUGAACAACAAUAAUUUGAGUGGGCAAAUUCCGCCUUCAAUUGGUAAUCUUUCGGAGCUUAACUAUCUGGACCUAACUAGCAACAAACUUGGAGGAAAUAUCCCAAUCUCCAGUGAGACCACACUGGGUCUUGAUAUGUUACACAACGCGCAACAUUUUCAUUUAGGAAACAAUCAUUUCUCAGGAAGUAUUCCAACUCAAUUAUUCAGCUCAAAGAUGGCUCUGAUGCAUUUGCUCUUGGAUAGAAAUAAUCUAUCUGGCGAGAUCCCUUCCACACUCGGACUGAUGCAAAAUCUGCAGACACUGCGCCUUGAUUGGAAUUUACUAAGUGGGCCGGUGCCUUUAAGCCUCAACAAUCUUUCAAACAUAGCUGUAUUGUAUUUGUCUAACAAUCAGUUUGUUGGCCCGUUACCAGACCUUACCGGCAUGAAGACCCUCAAUUAUGUGGAUAUGAGUAAUAAUACUUUUGAUGUUUCAAAACUUCCUGACUGGUUUUCAUCCUUGCCGUUCUUGACAACACUAGUGCUAAGGAAUAACAAUCUCAAUGGCCUUUUGGAUAUUGAUACCAAUUACGGCAACCAGUUGCAGCUAAUCGAUUUGGAACAGAAUUUCAUUACUAAUCUUAAACAAUAUGGAGGAACCAACUAUAAAUUAAUACUUGUUGAUAAUCCAAUUUGUAAUCAGACAAACAUGGAAAAGAAUUAUUGCAUUGUCCCCCCAUCAGAUUCCUCUCCCUCAACACCACCAAAUAACUGUGUGCCCGUUGUCUGUAGUUCGGGCAAAGUUUCCAGCCCGAAUUGUAAAUGUGCACAUCCUUACACAGUAACUCUAGUCUUCUUAUAUAUCAGUUUCUCAGACUUUGGAAACUCAACUUACUUCACAGCUCUAGAGAUCUCUCUCAUCCAAUCUUUUUGGGAUCACAACAUUCCUGUGGAUUCAGUUUCUCUGGAUUCUCAUUCCUUGGACUUGUUGGAUUACCUUCACCUGGUCCUAGAAAUUUUCCCAUAUGAUCAAGAUCGCUUCAACGAAUCAGAAGCUUCAGCGCUUGUUUCUGUGCUUAACAACCAAACUCUUUCACGUCCCAAGUAUUUUGGACCCUUCUUUGUUCAGUCUGGUUUACUAUAUUAUGCUCAGCACAGAGGAUCAAGAAAGGCCUUGAUAAUCGGUGCAGCAGUUGGUGGUUCUGUGCUUCUAUUAUUACUAGCACUGCUUCUGAGGGUUUAUGCUCUACUACAAAAGAGAAGAGAAAAUGGGCAAUGGAACAGAGCAAUCCCUUUGCAGGCUUGGAUUUCAAGAAGCACUCUUCCUCAGUUAAAAGGAGCAAGACUGUUCUCUUUUAAAGAGCUUAAGGAGUGCACCAACAGUUUUUCAGAAGCAAAUGAUAUUGGUUCCGGGGGUUAUGGAAAGGUGUAUCAGGCAGUGCUUCCAACAGGCGAAAUGGUUGCUAUUAAACGAGCUAAAAAGGAAUCUAUGCAGGGAGGGAUUGAGUUCAAAGCUGAGGUUGAGCUGCUUUCGAGGGCACAUCAUAACAAUCUUGUGAGCCUUCUUGGUUUUUGUUUGGAGCAAGAUGAACAAAUGUUGAUAUACCAGUAUGUUCCAAAUGGUAACUUGACGGAUAGUCUUUCAGGGAAGUCUGGAGUUAGGUUGAAUUGGAUGAGGAGACUCAAAGUAGCUCUUGGCACAGCAAGAGGACUGGCCUAUCUUCACGAGCAUGCAACCCCUCCUAUCAUACACCGGGACAUUAAACCAAACAACAUCCUACUAGAUAAAGAUUUAAAUGCAAAGGUUGCGGACUUUGGUCUCUCCAGGUCUAUGGCUGGUAGUGACAGGGAUCAUGUGACUACUCAAGUUAAAGGGACAAUGGGGUACUUGGAUCCUGAAUAUUUCAUGACUCAAGAAUUGACUGAGAAGAGUGAUGUUUAUAGCUUUGGCGUGGUAAUGUUGGAGCUGAUUACUGCAAGAAGGCCGAUAGAGCAUGGGCAGUAUAUUGUGAGAGUGGUACAGAUGAGAAUGGAUAAGACAAAAGUUUUGUACAACCUGCGCGAUAUUCUUGAUCCAGCCAUUGGUUUAGUAACAGAGCUGAUAGGUCUAGAAAUGUUUGUCGAUUUGGCAAUGCUGUGUGUAAAAGACAUACGAGAUAGAAGGCCUAGAAUGGGGCAAGUAGUGAAAGAGAUAGAGAACAUUAUAAAUGUUGCUAGUUUUGAUGCUGCUGCAAAUUCACCAUCCGCUUCAGCAGGUUAUGAGGAUGUGAGUAAGGUUGGUAGCGAGGAUCCUUGCAGAGGUCAUGUCCUGGAAUAUUGAGAGGCUUUCGACCAACAAAGAUAGCUAGGGGCACAGGUAGAAUGAUAUGCAUCUAGAAUGUUGAACUUGGUAGAAGUUGGAUAGCUCUGUUGUAUAUAUUAGAAUUAAAUUCAGUUUACCCCCGUGAAGUUUGGGAGUAACUUCAUGUUAAUCC